AUGCCAACGUACGCAAACUACCUGCCCGAUGAAAUCCUACUCGAAGUCAUCACCUACAUAGAGGCGUGGGAUGUGCGCUCCAAGCAAGCCACGCUCGCGCACUUCUGCGCCGUGAACCGACAAUGGUAUGACGUCGCCGUCCAGCGUUUAUACGAACAACCCUACCUCGCCGGCCGCGCGUACGACCUCUUCGUGCGCACAAUCUGCCCCUCGGUGCUCGCGCACAUCAAGCACCAGGCCCUCGCCAGCCUGGUCCGCUCCCUCGACCUCUCGCACAUCAUCCACCAGAGCACCAAGUCGACGACGGCGCGCCUGCUCGGCCGCACAAAGGCAAGCCUGCAGGUUUUCGUCGCCCCGCAGGCCAGCUUCGCAGUCAACUGCUGGGCCAGCCUGUCCAAGUGCGCGCGCCUGCGCGUCCUCGACCUGAGCCUGGUCAGCGAGUGCAUCAGCUUCCAGUCGCUAGCACAGACGCUGCGCCAGCUCCCGGGGCUGGAGCGCAUCUACCUGCCGCGCAGCUCGACGCGCGACGAAGCAGGCGCGCUCUCCAUCAACGUCCGCUGGCCGCCGCGGCUGCAGCACCUCUCGCUCUCCGGCCCCAUCUACGGCAAAUUCCUGUGGGACCUGCUGCGCCAGCCAGACCACUUCCCGCCCAGCCUGCACAGUCUGAGCAUCAGCCACAGCCCGGGGCUGGACCACGCGGGGAUCCGGCCGCUGCUGGAGAGUCUGGGCGGUUCGCUGACGCACGCGCAGCUGCACGACCUGCCGCACGUCAAGCACGGGCGGCUGAACGGCGUGCUGGAGUGGCUCCCCGCGCUGACGGAUCUGACGAUCGCGCUGGACUACAUCGACGCGCGCUUUGGACACGUGCCGGCGUCGUGGAGCGCGGCGCGCUGGCAGGAUGCGAAGCCGCUGCAGACGCUGACGCUGGUCACGAGCGGGCAGACGGGCGUCGACCCGGGCCGCUGCUUCACCGCGGUCGAUCUGUAUGCGCUGGUGGACGAGCGGUUUCUGGGCCGCCUGCGGCACGUGUACAUUGCGCAGUCGAGCGAGUGGGAGAACGAGCAGGACGGGGCCGAGGUCGGGGCGCUGGAGAUGCUGUUGUGCGACGAUCUGGACCGGGAGAACUGGGAGCUGCGGCGGUGGCACUAUACGGAUGUGGUGUUUGGCGGCACGUUUGACGAGUGGAGAGAGACGGGGGCGGGGCGGCGGAUGAGGGCGCGGCUGGGCGUGGUGAGGGACAGGUGA